AUGGCAAGUCUUACUGUUAAGAAAGCUUCCAUAGUGAGCCCUGCUCUUGAUAAAGCUUCCAUAGUGAGCCCUGCUCUUGAUAAAGCUUCCAUAGUGAGCCCUGCUCUUGAUAAAGCUUCCAUAGUGAGCCCUGCUCUUGAUAAAGCUUCCAUAGUGAGCCCUGCUCUUGAUAAAGCUUCCAUAGUGAGCCCUGCUCUUGAUAAAGCUUCCAUAGUGAGCCCUGCUCUUGAUAAAGCUUCCAUAGUGAGCCCUGCUCUUGAUAAAGCUUCCAUAGUGAGCCCUGCUCUUGAUAAAGCUUCCAUAGUGAGCCCUGCUCUUGAUAAAGCUUCCAUAGUGAGCCCUGCUCUUGAUAAAGCUUCCAGAGUGAGCCCUGCUCUUGAUAAAGCUUCCAUAGUGAGCUCUGCUCUUGACAAAGCUCUUGAUAAAGCUGCCACCCACACUCUUACUCUCGGCAAAGAUUAA